UGGGGGCGGGGAACAGCAUUACACGAGUUGGCUAGCUUACUGAUUCAAAUAAACAAUCGCACCACGGUCAUCCGCUUGUCCAGCGAGGCUUGCUUUUUGAGACAGAACGCACAUUUCAUUGGCUAGGUAGCUCGCUAGCUACCGUAAGCUUGCGUUCUAGCUACGGUAUAUUGGAAAGGGAGGACAGCAGAAUUAGCUAGCUACCGGGGCAGGAUGAUCUUGGGCCUUUCCGACGUAAACCUCCAUACGCAUAUUUUGGUGGUGAAAAGGAAGGAUGUCUGACGAAGGGAAGCUUUUUGUGGGUGGCCUGAGCUUUGACACUAAUGAACAGUCAUUAGAAGAUGUGUUCUCCAAAUAUGGGCAAAUAUCUGAAGUUGUUGUAAUUAAAGACAGAGAAACUCAGAGGUCCAGGGGCUUUGGUUUCGUCACCUUUGAGAACCCGGAUGAGGCCAAGGAUGCUAUGCAGGCCAUGAACGGCAAGUCUCUUGACGGCAGACAGAUCCGUGUCGACCAGGCUGGCAAGUCUGGCGGUGGUGGCAGGUCCGGCGGUGGAUUCCGAGGGGGCUCGUCGGGCGGCAGAGGAGGUGGAGGAGGAUACUUCCGUGGAGGCAGAGGUGGUGGUGGUGGAAGAGGUGGGCGUGGCUUCUCACGAGGUGGUGGAGAGCGGGGAUAUGGCGGUGGACGUUACGACAACAGAAGUGGAGGCUCAUACGGAUCAGACCGAGGCUACUACAACAAAGACAGAGCGCAAGGUGGAGGAUACGGAGAUCGUUCUGGAGGUGAUGAGGGUGGCUGGUAGGACGGAGGCGUCCGGAUGUCUGUCGUCUGGGCACGGCCCCUGGUAUGGCCUGGUCCCAGCCCAGGGCCUGCUGCUCCGCAACACUUUAAAUCUUCUGAAACUGACCAUGUAGAUAAGAGCAGUCCUGGAUAAGUGCGGGGAGGGCUGGCUCGCACUCCGAGCCACCCACCACCGGUCUGUUCCAAGUUUUAAUUUUUUUUAAACUUUCUGAUCCUCAUUUGUUAUUGAAAACUGCAGAGAAUGACUUUUUCAUUUACAGUUUUUGUGGGGAGCUCGAAAGAGCAAGGCUCAUGUGCUGUAGGCCGUUGCCUCACUUUGGGCAGUGCACGCAAGAGGCACGACCUAAAAGACAGGGAAUAUAUCUUGGAUAGAUCAUGGUAACGCUUUUGUAGUUUUUAAAGCUCUGCUUUGUAACAAAGUACAAAAACGCUUGCACUUAUUUUGUUUGAUUGUGACUGCUUUGCCAACUGAUAAUGGUGAUGAGUCUGAAUGAGGUACAUGCACACAAAGGUCUGAACCUAUCACCACCAUCAUGUCUGCACUGUUCUGCCUGACCGAGAGAGUAGAGUAGGAGUAGAGAUGUUCUUUAAUCCACUGGGCUUGUUAGGAUCGCUGUGCGUUCCGGUAAAUGAAGAGAACCUGCUCAAUUGUUUUCUGGAGCGCUGACCUGUUGCUUGACUGUCCUGUCUAUGGCAGGUUCUCGUCAAAUUUAUUUUGGUGUCUACUGAGAACUGUUAUUUUAUUAGCUGCACAUUUUCAAUAAGGAAUGUUUUUGUGUGUUUAUCUGAGUCACACAACGGUUUCAAGUACACACAGCGCUGAAAUAAUGUGAAGCGGGACAGUUCUACUACUUAUGAUCUCGUUUCAACAAACCUACUUUUUAUGAGGAUACAAAUGGAGUGAUUUCACAACUGUUCUCGUCAUAGCAUCAGUGGUUUUGUAUUUGUUUUGUUUUUAAGAGUUCUGUAUCUUCAUGGUUGUAUUUUUCCAAAAUAAAAAAACAUUUACAAUU